AUGGCAUCCUUUGUAUCGUUCAGCCUUGCGAUUUGUUUUAUUAUUGGACCCAUACUAAGCAGUACGCUCACUUACCUUGAUAUCAGAAAUCUAUUCAGGGCGGAAACACAGGUUUCCGAGUACGAUUACCGUUGGGAGAGGAUUAUAGGAAUCUUUAUCGGUACCAGUUCAGUAGGCCUAGCGAUCACUGGGCUUAUUGCAAUCGCGACCGAACCCUAUCCAAUAGAGAUAUACACCUGGCUUGAUGCACUCGCCCGAAUGCUUCAGAUCUUCAUCUUUCGUCCCUGGAAUAUAUGGGCAGUACAUUUGGUAGCAAUUCUAGCUAUACUGGACAUUGCUUCCGCUGUUACAGGCAAAGCAGCAUCUCCUGCUUAUGAGUCAGCACUGCUAACUCGUUUCGGUACUGUAUCGCUUUUCUCAUUAGGACUCUCAUACGAGCAAUUAGAGAUCCACAAGAACUCAGGAUCUGACCAUAGAGACGAAGAAUAUAUGCGAUUGUUGCAUACCUUCGUCUUUACGAAUGCCGCUGCAGCAUCUAGCCAGCUUUGUGGCGCAAUCAUCACCUUUAGUUUCGCAAUUACUAAGAAAAGCACUUCCACUGAACUACGACAGGGUAUUUUAAUGCUAUUAUGUUAUCUUCCUUUCUAUGUUAAUCGAAUAUGGCCGCUUUCUAAGCCCGUCCCAGAGGGGUAA